AUGGAUCUGGAUCUGAUCUUCGAUGCUGCCAUGGCCGGAGGUGCUCAUGCCACUGCCGAAUUGGAGAUGGAAGCUGAUAAACUGUUCAAAUAUAAAGAAACUGUAGGAAAAACUAUCCUUCACCUGGAAUCAGAGAAGGGAAAUAUAGAACGUGUCAGAUUCAUUUUGAGGGAAUUUGCAAACAAAAAUCUUUUGGCCAAGCUUAGUGAGUUUAAACGAACAGCACUUCACUUGGCAAUUUAUAAAGGACGAAUUGAAGUGGCUGAGGUCCUCAUUGAUGCAGCUCGCCAAUUGCCUCCUCUUUCAGAUGAUGAUGAUGAUCAUCCAGUAACUUCUUUUCAAGAUUUUCUCAGGCAAGCUGAUCACAAAAAGAACACCGCCUUACAUGCAGCACUUAAGAAAGGUCACGUUCCUAUUGUUAAGCUACUAGUAGAGGCCGACCCAACUGAUACACAUAUUCAAAACGAUGAGGGUAAAACACCCAUGUACAUAGCUGUGGAAGAAGGGUUCAACGAUAUAGCAGAGAUUAUCUCUACAACUUGCACUGCUCCAUCUUUUCUUGGACCUGAUUCUAGUACUGUUGUGCGUAUUAAAGAUAUGGAGCAAGCUAAGAGCCCUGGUGGAAGCCUCUACAAGAUUAUGGAUAAAGAUGCUCUGUAUGCGGCUGCCAUUGCUAGAGAUGUUGUUGCCAUUGCUGCAUUGGGGAUGCAUGCUGAUAAAGUGAGCGGAUACUGGGAAGAAACUAUCCUUCACACAGAGUCCGGAAAUGUAAAUACAGAACGCGUGCGAUUUAUAUUAACGGAGUUUGCAGACAAAAACCUUCUCGUAAAGCUUAACAAAUUUAAACAGACUGCACUUCACUUGGCUUCGGCUCAUCUACACAAAGAAGUGGCGGAGGUCCUCAUUAAUGCUGCUAGACAUUUACCUCCUUCACAAGAUUAUAAUCCAUUUACUUCUUUUCAAGCUUUUCUUAGGCAUGGUGACGAAAAAAUGAACACUUCCUUACAUGCGGCAGUCAUGCAAAAUGAAGAAGAAAUUGUUAAGCUGUUGGUAGAGGCCGAUCCAAGUGAUACACAUACACAAAACAAUGAAGGUAAAACACCAAUGUACAUAGCUGUGGACAGAGGGUUCAAUGGUAUAGCAGAAAUAAUCUCUACAACUUGCACAGCUCCGUCUUUGGACGGACCAGAUGGUAGUACUGUUGUGCGUAUUAACAAUCUAGAGCAAGGUAAGAGCCCUGGUGGAACUCUAUUUAAAAUAAUGGAUAGAUAUGCUGUCUUCGUGGCUGCCAUCGCAGGAGAUGCUGAUGCCAUAGCUAAAUUGGAGACGGAAGUUGAUAUACUGAAUGAAGGUGAAGAAACUAUCCUUCACGUUGAAUCCCAAAAAGGAUAUACAGAACGUGUGCGAUUUAUUUUGAUGGAGUUUGCAAAGAAGUAUCUUUUGUCCACGCUUGAUUCACAUGAACAUACAUCACUUCACUUGGCAGCAAAUAAUGGACACACUGAAGUGGCUGAGAUCGUCAUCGAUGUAGCUAGACAGUUCUAUACUUCUCUAGAUCAUGAUAAUGGACACAUUCAAGAAAAUCCAUGUACUUCAUUUCAAGCUUUUCUUAGCCAAUCUGAUAAAUAUAUUGGGGACUCUGCCUUACAUGCAGCAGUUAAGAAAGGUCACGUUCCUAUUGUUAAGCUAUUAGUAGAGGCUGAUCCAAGUGAUUCACAUAUUCACAUAGUCAAGCUUAACAAAUAUAAACAGACUGCACUUCACUUGGCUUCGUCUGAAGGACACACAGAAGUGGCUGAAAUUAUCAUUAAUGCUGCAAGAGAUUUGCUGCCUACUGAUCAUGAAAAUGCAGUUACUACUGAUGAUGAUAAUGCAGUUACUUCAUUUCAAGCUUUCCUUAGCCAAGCUGAUUCUAAUAUGGAGACUGCCUUACAUAAAGUAGUUAAGAAGGAUAAUGGGGCCCUUGUCAAGCUAUUAGUAGAGGCCGAUCCAAGUGAGUCCCAUAUUCACAUAGUCAAGCUUAACAGAUAUAAUCAGACUGCACUUCACUUGGCUUCCUCUGAAGGACACACAAAAGUGGCUGAGAUCAUCAUUAAUGCUGCAAGAGAUUUCCUGCCUACUGAUCAUGAAAAUGCAGUUACUGCUGACGAUGAUAAUGCAAUUACUCCAUUUCAGUCUUUCCUUAGGCAAGCUGAUAGUGAUAUGGAGACUGCCUUACAUGAAGCAGUUAGGAAGGAUAAUGUGGCCCUUGUCAAGCUAUUAGUAGAGGCCGAUCCAAGUGAUUCACAUAUUCAAAACAGAUAUGGUGAAACACCAAUGUACAUAGCUGUGGCACGAGGGUACAAUGAUAUAGUAGAGAUAAUCUCUACAACUUGCACAGCUCCAUCUUUGAUUGGACCAUAUGGUAGAGCUGUUUUGCCUAUUAAGAAUCUCGACCAAGGUAUGCCUAUAAGACUCUUUUCUUUAAACGUACUUCUUAUUUUUUAUUUAAGCUAAAUCCAAUAUCGUUUU